AGGCCAGCCUGGGAGGCACAGCGAAUGCCUGGCUGUUUGUUUGGUGUGUGACCUGCCUGCCUGCCGCUGCUGGCGAGCUUUGGGGGAGCGCCGCGAUCAGUCUCUCUCCGGCUCCCCCCACGCCACGCCACCCCACCCCCGGCUCCCAACAGCAGCAAAACGGAGGAGGAGGAGGAGAGGAUGCCAAACUUGGUGCUUUGCAAAGGCUCCCGAAAGAGAAGCAGCUGCCGCAGCUAGAGUAGUCGCGGCUGCUGCUGCUGCUGCUGCUGCUGGUGAGGGCCAGACAUCUUCGACGCGAGAGCAGCCCCCAGCCGGGCUCCCGUUUUUUGUUGUGUGUUGUGUUUUUUUUUGGAUUUACAAACAGCCCACCAGGCAGAUGGGAAGGAAGGCGCCCCGAGCCGCCUCCCGCCGCCGCCGCCGCUGCUCCCGGGAUUGAUCCCGCCCGGGGGGAUUCAUUCGAGAGACCCUGGUCGGUCUUCCUCGAGAUCCGUGGCGGGGAUUGCUUCCUCCGGAGACCCGCCGUCCCUUGGCGCCGCUCCUGUGGCCGGCCUUUCCGCAAGAGAAGAAGGCGAGGAAGCUCGCAUGGCCAGUCUCCAUGUAGGAAAGCGGGCGAAAGAGGAUUAGCGAUUUUUAAAGCUGCAACGGCAGCAGCAGCAGGAGGCGGCGGCGGCGGCUAGUUUUGCCUGGAGACGCAGCAUGCAACAGCUGGCUUGUGCAGAAUGAGGAGAAACGCUAGGAUUCUGUAGUGCUUCGUAUCACGGAUUCCAGGGUUUUAAAAAAGAGAAAAGCCAAGACCCCUCUGGGCUCUUUCAGCAAUGUCUGGAUCCACUCAGCCUGUGGCGCAAUCCUGGCGAGGAACUGAGUCCCGCUAUCCGCCUCACGGCAUGUCCUACCCCGUGACAAUAAGCCAACCGCAUGUGGAUGUGGGCCUCCUGGAAUAUCAGCACCAUUCCCGAGACUACCCUUCCCACCUGCCCCCGGGGUCUAUUCUGCAGCCGCAGCGGAGGAGGCCAUCCUUGCUGUCGGAAUUCCAGCCAGGGAAUGAACGGUCUCAGGAGCUGCACGCCCGCGCCGAGCCGCAUUCCUACCUGUCCGAGUUGAGCAAACAGUCGGAGAUGGAGUUCAUCGAGAUGAAGCGUCCCCGGCUGGAGCUGCUGCAAGAGCCCCUGCUGAGGCACUCCCCGCUGCUUAGCCAGGGUCAGCAGGGCGGGACAGAGGAUCUCUCGAAGGAUCGAGGCAUAACCGGGAAACUGGAACCUGUGUCUCCCAUCAGCCCUGCCCAUCCUGACUCCGAGCUGGAUCUCUUACCAUCCAGACUAUCCAAGGAGGAGCUGAUCCAGAACAUGGACCGGGUUGACCGUGAAAUCACCAUGGUUGAGCAGCAGAUUUCCAAGCUGAAAAAGAAACAGCAACAGCUGGAGGAGGAAGCAGCGAAACCUCUAGAGCCAGAGAAGCCCAUUUCGCCUCCGCCAAUUGAGUCCAAGCAUCGCAGUCUGGUCCAGAUCAUCUACGAUGAGAAUCGGAAAAAAGCAGAAGCUGCCCAUAGAAUACUGGAAGGUCUGGGACCUCAGGUGGAGUUGCCUCUGUACAACCAGCCUUCAGACACAAGGCAAUACCAUGAGAACAUUAAAAUAAACCAGGCAAUGCGGAAGAAGCUGAUUUUAUACUUCAAGAGAAGAAAUCAUGCUCGGAAGCAAUGGGAACAGAAAUUUUGCCAGCGCUAUGACCAGCUGAUGGAAGCCUGGGAAAAGAAAGUGGAGCGCAUCGAAAACAAUCCCCGACGCCGAGCCAAGGAGAGCAAAGUGCGUGAAUACUAUGAGAAGCAGUUCCCAGAGAUCCGGAAGCAGCGGGAGCUGCAGGAGCGCAUGCAGAGCAGGGUAGGACAGAGGGGCAGCGGCCUCUCCAUGUCUGCGGCGCGCAGCGAACACGAAGUGUCAGAAAUUAUUGAUGGGCUCUCAGAACAAGAGAAUCUGGAGAAACAGAUGCGCCAGCUUGCCGUCAUACCGCCAAUGCUCUACGACGCCGACCAGCAGCGCAUAAAGUUCAUCAACAUGAACGGCCUCAUGGACGACCCCAUGAAGGUCUACAAGGACCGGCAAGUGAUGAACAUGUGGAGCGAGCAGGAGAAAGAGACCUUUCGAGAAAAGUUCAUGCAGCAUCCAAAGAAUUUUGGCCUCAUUGCUUCCUUUCUGGACAGGAAAACAGUGGCUGAUUGUGUUCUCUACUAUUACCUGACCAAGAAGAAUGAGAACUAUAAGAGCCUGGUGAGAAGGAACUACCGGCGACGUGGGAAGAAUCAGCAGCAGCAGCAGCAGCAGCAGCAGCAGCAACAGAUGCCCCGUAGCAGCCAAGACGAGAAAGAUGAAAAAGAAAAGGAGAAAGACAUGGAGAAGGAAGAAGAAAAGCCAGAAGCGGAAAACGACAAAGAGGAACUGACAAAAGAGAAGAACGACGACACAUCUGGGGAGGAUAACGAUGAGAAAGAAACCCCCGCGUCCAAGGGGCGCAAAACGGCCAACAGCCAGGGCCGCCGAAAGGGCCGCAUCACCCGCUCAAUGGCCAGCGAAGCCAACCACGAGGAAGUGGCAGCUCCCCAGCAGAGCGCCGAGCUGGCUUCUCUGGAGAUGAAUGAAAGUUCGCGCUGGACAGAAGAGGAAAUGGAGACUGCUAAGAAAGGUCUCCUUGAACAUGGACGCAACUGGUCAGCCAUUGCCAGGAUGGUGGGAUCCAAGAGCGUCUCGCAGUGUAAAAAUUUCUACUUCAAUUACAAGAAGAGGCAGAACUUGGAUGAAAUUCUACAGCAGCACAAACUGAAAAUGGAGAAAGAAAGGAAUGCUCGGAGAAAGAAGAAAAAAGCCCCCUCUGUCCAGAACGAGGAAGCUGCCUUCCCGCCAGCCGCUGAAGACGAGGAGAUGGGGCAGGAUGGUUCAGGCACCAGUGGGAAUGAGGAGGAGAUGGCUGAGGAGGCAGAAGUUGCAGUAAAUAACAGCUCAGACACAGAGAGCCUUCCAUCUCCAAGACCUGAAACCAAAGAGAAUGCAGAAAAUGGGCCCAAGCCAACCCCCGAGGCCGGAGAGGAUGCUUUGGAAGAACAGGCUGUCAGGAUGGAGGAAGCCGCUAGUUCCCCAACAGCGGAUCCUGCAGCCCCUAGCACCGCCACACAGGCGCCUGAAGAGGCAGCUGUCGAGCCGGCCUGCAGUGAAGAGAAGCCGCAGGAGGAGCCAGCAGUUGAUGUGGUGAAGAUGGAAGAGCCGGAGGAAAAGCCCGAGAGCCCAGAGCCCAGCACAAGGGACGUCAAAAUGGAGGAGAUGGAAGAUUGCCCAGAAAAGGACAAGGCCAACGAGAAGAAAACCGCUAGCAGCUCCGGCGGUAGCAGCACCAGCAAUGUGGCGAUGGGUGCUGAGGGAGCCCCCAAGGCUGAGAAAAAGGAGAACCACAAAACGGGGAAAUCCGGAGGGGCUAAUCCUGACAGUGACUCCAGCGCCACGUGCAGUGCGGAUGAGAUGGACGAACAAGAUGCUGCCGACAAAAACAAGUUGCUGUCUCCCCGGCCCAGCCUCCUCAACACCACCACCACCGAGGCCCGGCUCAACUCUUCACCCCAGAAGCCGCUCGACUUGAAGCAGUUGAAGCAGAGAGCUGCCGCCAUCCCGCCCAUUAUUUCGGAAGGGUUGCUGGAGGGCGUGUUGCAGAGCGGAAGCGCCAAGCCCCAGGUGCCUCCCCACGCCUUGGCCCUCUACCAGCAGCAGAUCACCAUGGCUCACGUGUCCGCCCGGGAGGACCCGGCACAGAGCAAGCCGCUGCCGCUGCCACAGCCGCCGGAGAAGGAGCCUCCCGUGAGCAGUAGCCCCGGGCCCCAGAGCAGGAGCCCGGCCGCUGUCGACAAAGAAGAGAAAGCAGGGCAUGUCCCCCCUCUUCCAGAGGGACAGAAGCUGGGCGGAGAACCUGCCAUCACCACCUGCUGGCCUCCAGUGCUUUCAUACCAAGGACCAUCAAGGGAUGUGAUCAGAACCUCUCCCCACACUGAGUCCCAGGUGUUUCAGUAUAACCCACCAGGUCACCCGAUUCCCUUGAACGUGCAUGAAGGUUCUCGGCCUGGCCUCCAAAGACUGUCCGCCAUCUCCAACCCUCCCCCUCUCAUCUCCACCAAACACCCCUCCAUUCUUGAAAGGCCCCUCGGAUCGAUUUCCCAGGGAGUGCCGAUCCAGCUCCACACUCCAUUCAGUUCCGAACACGCAAAAGUUCCCAUCGCCAUGGGUCUGCCUUUGGCCAUGGACCCCAAGAAGCUGGUGCCUUUCCCUGGAGUGAAGCAGGAGCAGCUGUCUCCCAGAAGCCAGGCGGGUCAGCCGGACAGCUUGGUCAUUCAGACGUCUCAGGAAAGCUCGGUGCUUAGGGGAGCAUCUCUGGGCUCGUUGUCGGGAGGAAGCAUCACAAAAGGCAUUCCCAGCACGAGGCCGCCUUCGGAGUCUCCCAUCACGUAUCGCGGAUCCAUCACACACGGCACCCCAGCCGAAGUGCUGUACAAAGGAACCAUUACCCGGAUAAUUGGAGAAGACAGCCCCAGCAGAGGGGAGAAGGUGAGAGAGGAUGUCUUGCCCAAGGGACACGUCAUCUACGAGGGGAAGAAGGGACAUGUCCUGACCUACGAUGGUGGUGUCGCUACUGCCCAGUGCCCCAAAGAGGACAGCAGAAGCACUGGAGCGCCUCUCGAGACCACUGGCACAAAGCGGACGUACGACAUGAUGGAAGGGAGGGUCCCGCGAGGCUUGUCCGGGCAUGACCUUUCAGCCACUAGCAUAGAAGGACUUAUGGGCCGAACUGUCCCACCCGACAGACACAGUCCCCUCAACUUAAAAGAACCGCAUCAUAUCCGGGGCUCAAUCACACAAGGAAUACCUCGAUCCUAUGUGGAGGCCGAGGACUACCUCAGAAGAGAAGCCAAACAGCUCAAGAGGGAAAGCACGCCUCCGAGGGACUUAUCCGAGGCCUACAAGGUCAGGCCGCACGAGAGCCUCACCCCUUUGAAAAUGAAAGCGGUUCACGAAGGCCUCGUUGCCACCGUGAAGGAAGCGGGAAGGUCAAUCCAUGAGAUUCCCCGGGAGGAGCUGAGGCGCACCCCUGAUGUCUCUCUGGUGACGAGACCUGUGAAGGAAGGCUCUAUUACCCAGGGUACUCCGCUGAAAUAUGACAGCAACGCUUCAGGAAGUGCCAAGAAGCAUGACGUCCGAUCCAUUAUCGGCAGCCCGGGGAGGGCUUUCCACCCCAUGCAUCCUCUGGAUGUCAUGCAGGACCCAAGGACUCUGGAAAGAGCUUAUGAGGAGAGCCUGAAAGGCCGGCCCAGCCCCGUGUCCAACGCUGGCGGCUCAAUCACAAGAGGAGCCCCCGUGAUGGUUCCAGAGCCGGGGAAGCCUCGCCACAGCCCGCUUGCCUACGAGGACCACCAGGCAGCCCACGGGGCCGCUUUUGGCAGCCACUUGCACCGAGGCUCCCCAGUGUCGACAAGGGAGCCGACACCGAGGCAGCAGCAUGAAGGAAGCAUCGCUGCUGGAAAACCUGUGUCCCAGGAGCGGAAGGUCACGCCGUCCCCAAGAGAAGUAGCCAGCUCCAAGCCUCCCCACGGUGCCCUCGCAGACCACCACCCCGCCAUCUCUCCCUACGAGCACUUGCUGCGGGGAGUGAGCGGCAUGGAUCUCUACAGGGGACACAUUCCGUUGGCCUUUGACCCUGCCGCCAUCCCCCGGGGGAUCCCUCUCGAAGCAGCUGCUGCCUAUUACCUGCCGAGGCACCUUGCGCCUAGCCCGACGUACCCCCACCUCUACCCCCCGUACCUCAUCCGCGGCUACCCGGACACGGCCGCCAUGGAGAACCGGCAGACCAUCAUCAACGACUACAUCACCUCCCAGCAGAUGCACCACAACGCGGCGGCUGCCACGGCCAUGGCCCAGAGGGCAGACCUGCUGCGUGGCCUGUCUCCACGGGAGCCCUCCCUGGCACUCAACUAUGCAGCAGCAGGAAUAAUCGACCUGUCUCAAGUGCCACACUUGCCCGUCUUAGUGCCUCCCACGCCUGGCACCUCUGCCGCCUCCAUGGAUCGGAUCGCAUACAUCCACAAUGCCCCCCAGGCUUUCAGCAGCCGACACAGCAACUCCCCGCUCUCCCCAGGAGGCCCUGUGCAGUUGACCAAACAGACAGGACCUUCGGCUUCUGAACGGGAGCAAGAGCGGGACCGCGAGCGGGAGCGUGAAAAGGAGCGCAAGAAAUCUGUCCUGACGGCCACAACCACGGUGGAGCAUGCCCCCAUCUGGAGACCAGGUACAGACCAGAGCAGUGGCCGUUCCUCAGCACACGUGCACAACCACAAACACUCCCCCAUCUCGCCCCGCACCCAGGACAACAUCCAGCAACGCCCAAGUGUGCUACACAACACAAACAUGAAGAUCAUCCCUUCCGAGAACCCUGCCACCUCCGUUCUGCGAUCCUCCUGCUCGUCCUCCACGGCCACCACCUCACCAGUCCGCACCUCGGCCUACUCUUCAGCAUCUUCGUUGCGCAGCUCUGCAAGUGGCAUGGACAGCUACACCUCUGGGAUGGAUGCGGCCCACACCCAGAAGGAGGCCUCCCGGCCCCAAGAUGCCAAAACGGAACGGCCCCAGACUGAAAGCAACCUGUACACCUCAAAGCUGCCCGCUGGGGCAGGCCUGGACCAGUCACCUCCGCCCAGUAAAGCCAUGGAGUCUCGGCCCAUGCCCUCUUCUGGGGCAGGUGCCGCCCAUCUGUAUAGCAGAGGACAGGGGAAAGGCCAGCCUCAGCACCACCCGUCCCUGGACCAGUCGCUGCAUGCAGUUUCGGCCACUGAGCAGCAGUCCAGUAGAGAAAAGAGUCAGAGUAAAACCCUUUCAGUGCACGAACAGGAGCUCCGAGCACUCGGUAAGACCACCAUGACAGCGGCCAGCUUCAUAGAUGUGAUUAUCAUGCGUCAAAUUUCUUGCGAUAAGGGGAAGCGAGAGAGAAGCUCGCUAAAUAACGACGCCAAUAGCGAUGCUUUCCAUGGAGGCUACAGCGCCGAUGGCAUUGAAGCAAUAAGCCCUGUGAGCUCCCCCCACAGCAUGCCCCACGAGAAAGGGACCAAGCUGUCCCAGGAUAUGGAGAAAGGGCGUGGAGAACUCGACCUGCGGUCCAAGCAGCCAGGCUCCCUCAAACCUUCUGCCGCAGAAAUGUCACACCUGCAGCAGCUCCAACAGCUCCCUGAAGGCCGACAGUCACCUGGACAGCCAUUUCCAGGAUCGCAGAACGCCAAAGGCCAUCAGCGGGUUGUCACCUUGGCACAGCAUAUCAGUGAGGUUAUCACCCAGGACUACACACGCCACCAUCCCCAGCAGCUUAACUCCCACAUCCAGAACCAAGUCUACUCCUUCCUAGGGGCUCCGAGCCCCGUGCUGGACCUCCGGCGAACCCCCAGCGAGGCUUAUAUCCAGCAGCAGCAAAUGGAGCACAUCCCUGCCUCAAGAAUCUCUCCAGAGAGUGAAGGAAGCAAAAGGUCUCCUGAGCAAAUCCGAGCACCUGCUUCUGACAACUGCAUAGAGCCCAUCUCUCCACCAGAUGGAAUGGGAGAGCCCAACCACAUGAGGAAUGCCACGUAUCCCAUUUUUUAUCGAGAAGGGGAACAGCUGGAGCAGAGGAUGGGCUCAAAAUCCCCCGGGAAUAACGCACAGCCACCAGCCUUCUUCAGCAAACUGACAGAGAGCAAUUCGGCCAUGGUGAAAUCGAAGAAGCAAGAGAUGAUCAAGAAGCUCAGCACAAACAGCCGGAGCGAGGCAGAGUACAAUGUUGGACAACCUGGAACGGAGAUUUUCAACAUGCCGGCCAUUACUGGAACAGGGUUAAUCAGUUGUAGGAGCCAGUCGGUCCAAGAAAAUUCCAGUACCAACAUGGGGUUGGAGGCAAUUAUUAGGAAGGCCCUAAUGGGUAAAUAUGACGAGCAGUGGGACGAACGCUCUCCUCUCAGUGCCAAUGCUUUUAACCCUCUGAAUGCCAGUGCGAGCUUGCCCGCUACUAUGCCUGUAACCGCUGCUGACGGACGGAUUGACGACAUGCGUGCCUCCUUGCCAGGAGGAGGGAAGCCAAAGAUUGCUGCCAGAGCCAACAGUCGCAAGGCCAAAUCUCCUGGACCAGGCCUGUCCUCCACAGAGAGGCCACCGUCUGUUUCGUCUGUUCACUCGGAGGGAGACUGUAACAGGAGGACACCGCUCACCAACCGUGUCUGGGAGGACAGGCCUUCCUCCGCAGGUUCGACGCCGUUUCCAUACAACCCACUCACCAUCAGGCUUCCGACCGGCAUAGUGACUGCUCCUCCACCGCCCGCCUCCAUUCCGCAGGGCAACUCCAACAGCCAGCACCACGGGUGGGAAGAGGAGCCCAAACCACUGCUCGUCUCGCAGUACGAGACCCUUUCGGACAGUGAAUGAAAGGGAGAGGAUGCCAGACGGGAAAACCCAACGACAAUGAACAGAUCGACCGGGCGGCUGUCGAGCUAGCCAGGGCGUGGGGGGCUCCGGCUGCCACAGGCCGUGGCUGGUCUAGGCCAAACGCAGGCACUGCUUGCUGGUCCAGUCAGCUGAUAACGUUGUGUCUCAUCUGGAAGGGGCAAGCGAGGGGAGUUGAAAUCCUCUUCAAUCUAAAGCCUUUAAAACACACACAAAAUGCAAAUCGAACCCAUCCCAAUCCUCUCUCCCAGUCCUAGUGCUGACACCUUGAGCUGGUCUGGCAAAAGGAUUGUGCCGAGUAAACCCGGGAGGGCAGGUCAGACCCCAAGGCUCCCUGAGGGGUUGCCCCAGUCACUGGAUCUCGGUUCUUAAUACUCAGGGGAUUCCAUCUGCUGCACCAAUUUUGUCAUCCAGACCAGAUGCAUGAGAGAGAGGAAGUCCAUGGGGAGAAGGCGGGGCGUUCUGCUUGCACACACUCACCUACGUGACGCAGCCUUCCUGGGCGUACUGUUGUGGCCUGUUAUUAUCCAGUACUUGAAAUAGGAUUCAUUCAGUGGCCCCCCUUCCUUCCCUCCUCUGUUCUUGUCGUGAGAGCUGCACCAUGGAAUUGCAUGUUGGGCACAGGGAGUGGGGAAUGAACAAGAGUGGAUGAGAUGGGUUCUCCUGCUUCCCACGGCUAGUUAAGGUGGUUCUCUUCCUUACGUGCAUCCAUAGAAAUGAAGAGGGCCUGCCUGUCUAGCUGAACUUCCACCAAAUAAGUGUCAGGCAGGGAUGCUUUGGCGGCAGGGAGGAGCUGUGGGAUUGGAGGCCAAAAAAAAAAAAAAUUCCUUUGGAGAAAGGAAUUCUGGGUUGGAAUUGCAAUUGGGAAGAAUUCCCCUAUUUGUAGCGUGUUGGCUAUGGAUGGAUGGGGUAGUGUGGGAGGCAGCUGUUUUAAGGACAUUGUUUCUUGAAACGGCAUUGUGUAUGUAUAUGGUCUACAGGGUAUAUUUUUGAUACCUUUGGCAAAUGACGCCAGAUGUUUUGCGCAAGGAAGGACUUUGAAACAGUGUUAUAUGCUGCUUUUCUGUCUCCGCUCCUGUACAAAAAGGAUUCUGUGUUGCGUGUGAGCUUUUUGAUUGGUUUGUCCAUUGUAUGGAAAUUUCAAGAGGUUACAGUGUUCCAACAGAAAUGGUUCUGUAAUUCAGUAGAAUGUAUUAACUUAGUUUUUUAAAAAGAAAAAAAAAGUAUAUAUAUAAUAUAUUUAUAUAUAUAUAUAUAUAUAUAUUAAAAAAUAUAGUCACAACUGCAGGGCCCUUAUAGUAACACUCCAGUGUGGAGGUGACAUGAAUACUUUUGACAUGAACAUCUCUUUUGGGAGGAGUGAGAGAGGCCAAGACACUUGCAGGAAAGUUUAAACGUCUGUUUUUCAGACCCAUCCACAAUACUCUAUUUUCUAUAUUUGUAGGUGGUGAUUGUUCCCCCCACCCCACCCCCCUCCAUGAUGCUGUUAAAUUCUUUAACCACAUGAGCAUGGAUAACAUUCAAAUAGCAUUUCAGAUUUUCUUUCUCCGCCACAAACUUUUCCCACCAUGCUGGAACAUAGAAGGUUGGCUAUAAAAUAGUAUUAAAUGUUUUCCAUCGUGCAUACUAGAGGGGGAAAUAUCUGGACAGUGGUUUCUCAGCUGGAAUAGACAACAGCCAUGUUUUUAGUAGCCGAAUAAUUUGACGCAGCAUCUAGAAAAUGAUAAUAUCACAGUGCUGUAUUGUUUAAGGAAAACCUGGUUUCUUGUUUUUUCUUCCCAUCCUCUCUUGCACAUCAGCCAGUUUUUAUGUCGGAACAGUUGUGUCUUUUGUUGCAGGACUUUGAGCACACACACACUUGGUAAUGUUAAACUUCCCAGGCAUUAAAGCUUUUGUGUUUGAAUGACUGAAGGGGGUGGGGUUCUUGUGAGGACAUCUGCUGAGAGAAUCCAUCCCUUCUCCAUCCUUGUGCUGCAGGUCUCUGAUCCUAAAAACUUGCCCCUGUGAAGUUGCAGUGAAUUCUGUCGGAGGGCCACUUCCUGGCCUGCCCUCCAGAGGCCUGGCAACUACAAACCAUGAAGCCUUAGUCUAAGCUGAGCCUGGGAAGAUCUAACAGCAUGCAAAAUGUAAAGAAGUUGACCAGAUUAAAAGGCAGAACUGCAGGGGAAGAGCAGGAGUUCCAUAGUAAUGUACCUUUCCAAAUGCUCUUUCCCCUUUUGAAAGGAAGCCCUCCCCACCCCCUUUAAGGGAAACGAGAGGUGGAUCUGUGUUUGCAGAAGGAGAGGAAAAAUCAGAUGUGGUUACGUGUGUGUGUGUGUGUGUGCGCGCGCGCAUGUGCACACAGUUGUUAAUAGGCUAGCUAACAUUACUGUUUCCAUCUACAUUAGAAACUUUUGGAAAGCUUUCUAGAAUGUCCAUCUUGCUUAGAUAGAUUCCAAAAACCGCAAUGUGAAAUGGGGUGACUGGUUCUUGGUUACUUUGAGAGCUUUAGCAAGUGGAAGAGACUGACACCAAAGACUCAAAAUGGAGAUCUAGAAGGUUUCUGCACUAACCCUUAUCUCUACUGUCAGUCAGAAGAGACUGUGCUGAGCUCACUUUAAGACACAUCUGCCCUUUCAAAAAGCCACUCCAAUUCUUCCUUUUGAAGAUACAAUUUAAAUUCAGUGUCAAAGCAAAAAUUAAAAAAUGCAAGCAAGUAUUUUCUGUGCAGCAGAAAGUGGAUAGAAAGUUUCUUGAGUCUGCCUGUUUUAUUCUGAGCUUGCCCAUUUAAUGUCAUUAGGCCAUCAACAGGUCCACUGGCUAAUCUAAUAGCCUGUUUCUCCUCCUGCGUGUGCUUCAGGAGAUUGUGUGUUCUUCCUGGGCAGGAAAAUGCAGUUCCUCAGCAUCACAUGAUUACUGCCCCCACUUCUGUGUGCUGCACCAUGUCUACAUGGAUAGGGGCAGUGAUUGGAAAGAAGUAGCUGUUGGGUGAGAGAAAAUCCCAGCUAGCUUUCUGCUCUCCUCAUUAAGUCCUUCUAGUCUCAUCUCAGGCAAGCAGUAUCUUAAGAGUCCCUUUCCUUUUCUCCAUGGAAUCAUGAGCAUUUUCCCACUGGAGCAGGCCUGAGGUUUUCACUACAGCUAACUAGCAUUUGUAACACAGUGCUAUGAUUAAACAGCAUCCACCAAGAUGGCAACACUUCAGGUCUCCUCUUGCUAGACUGCAUGUGUUGACAAAACGUGUGUUACUGCCAUUCUUGUAAGCAUGUUAUAGGCAAAUGUGGCUACUUCUAUUUUGCUAGAACAUCUAUUAGUCACUUUUCUGCUAAAAGCAUUCCCAGAGGUUUAAAUAAAAAGAGAAAACAAAUGGAUAAGAUUGGCCAAAAGAUGCACAUAUACAUGGGGUACCAGUGGAGGUUUGGUGGUAUUAAUGGGACAUCAGUAGUGUCCCAUUAAUAACAAUGGACUUCAACCAUCUUUCAGUGGUUCUUCCAGGUAGCCAACUGGUUGCUCUUAAGCUCAAAAAAAAGCUCUCUCCAAGUAGGCCAAAUCAAUCAAUCACUCUUACACAAUCAGCCUAGUUUAUAGUCCAAUCAUGGGAAAUCUGAGCGGGUUUUCCCUUGCAAGACCAGAAAUAAAACAGUAGCAAAGAUUCUCUUUGGAGCACAUUGGCUUCGUCAUUUUGUCUAUCACCAUUUCAAAUAAACAUUGGCAAUGUUAUAGUUACCCCACAGCUUGGUCACUGCCACUGCAUCUGCAUACUGGCCUCUGCUGUUCAGUUCCUAGAUACCAGAAUACAAUUCUCCACAGCUUGCACAAUGCCACUGAAUUUAAAAUAUGCAAUAUUUUUACCUAUGUAUAGAUAAUCUGUGUAGUGCAGAUGAGUGCUGCAAGAGACUUUAUUUGGCCACAAGUGUACAGACUGGGAUGCCAACAAGCGUGAUAGCCAUGACCGUUUUGCACUCCAUAUAUGAUGGUGUGCUUACUUUUCAGAUUAUCUCCAUGUAGGAAACAUAUCACAUAGGCCCAAAUUCUCUCGUACGUUAGUUCCACUGGUCAAAGUUCUCAGCUUGAUUUCCAAAAUCUCUCUAUCUCUCUCUUUUUGUAGACUUCUCACCCAUAAAUCAUUAUCUUGUCAAUAGCAGUACUGUGAAUGGUUUGCACUGAUCCAACAGGAUUUGCUCCCAGCUGACAAGGUUAUUUUACCGUUCCUUAGACCAUGUUGAACUUGUGCCGCUUCACUUUGCCUUUCCUGUGUUGACAAUUUGGAAAGCAACUCAGACAGCAUUUCUUGCCACUGCUUGUGAGUUGAGGUUGUCUGUACAUUCCACAAAGGGAUUCAGGAAUAGCCCCCUCCUUUCCAAAAGGUUAUUCCCACAUCACCAGAAGCUGUACAUUCUCUGUACAUGUGCGUAUGUGUGUAUAUAUAUUUAUAUAUACUCUUGGGUUCUGUGUAUACAUAAUACUCCAUUUGCGUGUGCAUGUAUAACAGGUACAUACACACACCUAUCUUUUCUUUGUGCCUGAAUCAGUGGCCUGGCACAUAUCUGUGUGCGUGCGUGCAUGCAUGCACACAUACAAGCCAGAUCUCGGUAAAACCUAACUCCCUACGGUUCAACCAAAUGCAGACGAGCAUUCUCCCCACUGACUGUUAGCUCUACAUCAAAGUGAGCACCGAGCACUGUGCGUAAGCUUCAAAGGAAAGCCAUCCUUCAUACACAACUUGUCUGCAGAAUUUGUGUCGGUUUUAGUGACAUAUAGAUCUCUUUUGUGCUACCUGCUAUGAUUUUUUUAUUAUUAAUUGUGCAAUCAAGAAGAAAAAGAAAGUUGUGUUAAAACUAUUAAAGUUUGAUGUGUUACCAACUUUGUAAUUUGUACAAACACAUAAAAACAAAACAAAAAAGAUAAAAGGACAAUUUUAUUGUUUGAACUGUACAAGGGGCGGGGGGAAAUCUCUAUAUUUUGUACAACCAAAUUGUGCAUAGUUGUUUCAAAGCAAGUUGUAUGAUAGAACGGACUGUACAUAGAAACUGCUUGAGUUGUAAAUAUUUAUGCAGCUUGCUCUGAAGGUUGGGUUUUUUUUUUUUUGGUUUUUUUUUGGUUCUACUGAAAGUGAAGUUUUUGUUCACUGUUUUGGUUGGGGGGGUUUUUGUUCUUUUUGCUCUACAUGCCCACUUAAGCAAGUGUUUGUGGGUUUGCAGUGUCUGUGCACUGCCUUACUGUUUAAAUAAAAAAAAAAAGAGGGGAAAGCUUCUUGCCAGCAAAA